CUCACAUCAACGAGACGACAGGAAGGGAAGGAGAGCGAAGGGAAGAAUGGAAAUAGACCGAUCGCGCGGCCCGAUCGCCGGCCCGCAACCAGGAGCGUUUCUCUUCGAUGACAUCUUCCAUAUUAUUUGUUUUCCACCAACCAAAAAAGUCAUCAACAUGGAAGUUCUUCAUAAGCGCCAUCAUCUGGGUCUUGCAUGGUGCAUGUGGUACAGAUCAACAUGACAUUCUUAUUGCAUUCCCUCUUCGACGCGACACCAAGGCCCGGCCUCCAGCACAUUCCGGACACAAAGCCCUUGACUUUCGAGGCUGCCGUUCUGCCUCCGAUAAUAUACUUCCUUGCUCUACUAUUCUUACCGCCUCCACCGCCGCGAUCUAUUGAUACUAUUGCGAUCAAGUUACUUCGCAAUGCUCUUGCUUUGCUAGCCGGAAUUCUGUUCUUCCGACUGCCAUUGGCUUACUAUGUUCCGCAAAGCAUUGGACUAAACUAUCAACUCGCGCUUGUUGGUCUCUAUGGCGGAUGCAGAGUUUUGGACGCUUUCUUUAUCAGCCCCUAUGGUUUUGGACAUAUUCCACGUCGUGUUCGCUACAAGCAUAUUUCUCGUGCACACACGCCUAUGCCUGUCGAAGGCGACAACGAACCGCAAAGCCAAGCGAGUGGUAAGGGUAUCUCGGUUCCCGAUGCCGUCUCCAAUGCUGCUACGCAUGCCCGUUGUGGGUCACUCGCGGAUUCAUAUUUCGUGCUCGAGAAGAGGCUCUCCGACCUCAGUAAGAUGAAGCCUGUUCACGAACUUGCAACCAGUGAAGAAGGCUGGCCGCACAACUUCCUGGAUCGAGCCUCUUGGGCUCUUGAGCUAGAAACUAGCAUGCGUGGCAUUGGCUUUACCUGGACAACCGCUGAUGUACGACACACCCGGAAGACGUGGUUGCCCACUGCUACGAACCGACUGCACUCGAUCUUUCUUCAUGUCGGCCCUGUUCUGGCCGUUUGUUUUGCUAUCAUCAGGACCACUUACGUGAAAUACUUGGAGGAAGCACCAUCCACCAAAUAUGGUGCUCACGCAGAAAAUCUGUUUGAUAGUCGUCUUCCUCUGUGGCUUCAACUUCUUCUGACUGCAGCUCUCGGUGCUUUCUUGAUGGCUGCAUUUUCAGUGGCACACUCCAUGGCUGCGAUCCUGCUCAGUCCUUUGGCACCUUCACCACUUGCCUACUUUCCGCCUCUCUACAGUACCCGCAUCUGGGAUAUCAAGUCUGUACGAGGGUUCUGGUCAUAUGGUUGGCACAGACUGUUCGCUCGAUUGUUCCUAGUUUACGGGGUUUGGCCCGGAGAGUGGCUGGAGCGAAAGCUCACAGGUAAGAAGAAUGACGAACCGGCAGAUGUUGGCAAAGUACUCGGCGGCUUCAUUUCGUCUGCCUUUGUACAUUCGUUUGCCGUCAGAUCAGUGCUCGGCGGAGAGUGGAGUCGUGCUCUUGGAGAAGCCAAGUUCUUCGCAGCGAAUGGUUUUGCUGUAGUGCUCGAGGAAGGCAUUCGACGACAAGUCCUCACUUGGAGAAAGAAAAGAGAUCUCCCGCUACAAAUGUGGUAUGACUCUUAUAUUGGCCGUAUCUGGUGGAUCACUGUUCUUUUGUUUAGCGGUAGGAACUUUGCACGAGGUUGGGUGAAUGCUGGCCUGGUUAGAGAGAUGGCUGGGAAGUAGCGAUUUGAAGUCAUCGCAACGGAUACCCUCUGAGAAGGUCCCGACAAAGGGACGAUGAAUCAUGUAGUGAUCUGCCGGUCAGACAAAAUGAUGCGUGUCUAUGGACCUAAAAUAUUCGAGAGACAGCAUCGCGAUGACAUGGGUAGGAUUUCAUACUGUAUCUGCUGAUCAUUUGGUCCAUUAGCUCUCCGUAUCAAGCAGAUUGGCGUUGCUUUUCCAGAUUUCUCCGCAAAGCUUGCGUGGUGGGAUCGGCCAUCCCUUCAUCUUCGGAAACCUACGUCAUUUAAGCCUUGUGAUGCCAUCCAAGGUACAUGUGUACCUGCGAAUACAGGAU